UAUUACUUGCACUGGCUCUGGCCAUCAGACUGAGCUGAUCUCAUGGCCGUUCUGCCUCGUCGAUCGUUCUAAGAUCCGGCUCAGUACUCUUGCAAUUAAAAAUAAUAAUUAUCAAUCAGUCGCGACUUAAAACUCGCGAUAUCUCCGAGCGACGUUAUUAUUUUUAAAUAAAUACUCAGUAAUUAAAAAAUAAUCUUGUGAACGCUUUUGCGUAAAUAAAAAAUAUAAGUGAUUCAAACCUGAGGAACGAAUGUCCAUUACGGGUUCAAAUAAUUGUCAUAAAUCAGUCGCCUGUAAAACCAGCAAGCACUGGCUCCACCAGGACUCAUUGAUCCAGGUCCCAAAGACGAUUUGACUUAUUUUUGGGAUAAAGUUUACGAAAACCUCCAUCAUUCCGCCUUCAAUCCAGUGCCUACCCGCAGGGUGGCAAUCAUUUCAUAAGGGUUGUAUCUGCGAUAGACUGGUUGGCCAGUCUGUUGGAGUUAAUCUCACAAACAGCGGCAACUGGAAGUUGGCCCUGAACGCAGAGCCCCCGUGGCUUUGCUAGCACCCCCAACGCUGUUAUUGUCUUAAAUCGCCUCCUCACGACUCUUCCAAUUCUCAUUGACAGCUGCCUCAUUGCCGCCUAGCGCCUGCAGAGUGAAAAAUAAUAAAGUCUCCGGAAUCCUGAUAAAGAGUUAAAUUAACAAACUAAAUAAUAAAAGUAUAAUAAUAAAGUUAAAGUUUAAAAUAAAAUAUCAAUCAUGAAAGUUUCAAAUUCAAACGAACGCAUCCACGUGCUGGACAACUCGUCAUCAGUGAUGAGUAUUGUGAAAGACAUUGUUGAUAGUGGGUUGCAAGAAGAAGCUUUUUACGUCCUCGACAUCGGCGAUAUUGUCAAGAAACAUCAAAUAUGGAAGGAUAAGUUGCCACGAGUUGAACCCUACUACGCAGUAAAGUGUAAUGACAGUCCAACUGUCAUUCAAGUACUGGCUGCUUUGGGAACUGGCUUCGAUUGUGCUUCUAAAGUUGAAAUAAAUAAAGUACUUAGUGCUGGUGUUGAUCCAACGCGUAUUAUUUUUGCUAAUCCAGCAAAACCUGCGUCACAUAUUCGUCAUGCUGCUGCAGUUGGUGUUGAUAUUACGACAGUUGACAACGAGAGUGAGUUACAUAAACUCAAGAAACUACAGCCCAAUGCUAAGGUUGUAUUGCGCAUACGCUGCGACGCUGAAGUAUCCCAGUGUCCACUGGGCAUGAAGUUCGGCUGCGACCCCAUCACGGAAGCGCCGAAUCUUCUGCACUUGGCGCGAAUGCUGGACCUUGAGGUUGUCGGCAUCAGCUUCCAUGUGGGCUCGGGUUGCCAGGACCCGCCGGUAUUCCAUCGGGCGAUUCGUCACGCGAGGACUCUGUUCGACCUCGCUAAGGAGAUGGAUUUCAAACCGUAUUUGCUGGACAUUGGCGGUGGGUUCCCUGGUGAUCGCGGGACUAGUAUUGACAAAAUUGCUGAUGUUGUCAAUGGCGCACUUGAUGAAUAUUUUGAAGCCGAUGACGUCCACAUUAUCGCAGAGCCAGGUCGUUUUUACGUCGCCUCAGCAUUUACACUGGCUACAUGCAUUCACAGCAAGCGCUCAGUAAGAAAUGAUAAACUGUCACCGAAUACCAUAACUCACAACAUGUAUUACAUAAACGAUGGCGUGUACGGCUCAUUCAAUUGUAUUCUUUACGACCAUCAGCGCGUUGUUCCCGUUCCACUUAAGACCGGCUGCGGUAAAAUGAUUCCAUCGAGCAUCUGGGGGCCCACAUGCGACGGCUUGGAUCAAGUAGUAGAGAACGUCCUGAUGCACGACUUCGAUCUCGGCGACUGGAUAAUAUUUGAAAACAUGGGCGCCUAUACGUUGCCCGUUGCCUCGCCAUUCAACGGAUUUCCAGUUCCAAAAGUCCACGUCAUUGCUGACGAAAAUGUCUGGCUGGUUCUCAAAGAUAUUUUGCCGAUAACCGAAGAUCAGUUCGUUUUUGGUAACACUCCAGAUAAUUUGCGUCUCGGUCUUGAUAUCGAUGGCUCCAAGAUUGAUGAGUGGAACAAUUCUUCCAUCGAUCUUUCGCCAUCAAAUAUUAUUGAUGAUCCCAACAACUCAUCGCCUUUCAUUUAUGAGUACGUCGAAGUCGAACCCAUAAAUUAAUAUUUUAAAUUCAAAUUAAUAAAAAAUAAAUUUAUAAAUCACAGACAUCUUAAACUUUUGAAGGUACAAUUUAACUGCUGCACAAUUUUAAUUUAUUCAUUCCAAAUUUUUUUUAACUGCUGAUGAUUUAAAAACAAUCACUAGCACAAAUUUUCAGUCAAUUUACAAAGCAUUUUAAUGAAUUUUAACCAACUGCCAUUUUAUCUUUUUUUGUAUUCUUUAAUUAUACAAAAAAAAUUAAUUGCUUUUUUUAAAAAAUAUACGCGCGAUUUUAUUUAAAGUUUUGCAAUAAAAAAAAACGAUAUCAAGUUUGCAGUCAAUAUAUGAUUUAUUUAAAAAAAAAAAAAAAAAGCACAUGUAGGAAAUUCAAAAAACUACAGGUGCAAUUUUCUAAAAUUUUUUUGCGAACGCAGCACGUGGAUGUACCAUUUUUUUUUUUUGAAUAAAUAAGAACGGAUUGAUUAUGACUUAAAAAAAAAAAUAAUUAUUAUAAAGCAGUAAAAAAAAAAACGAAGUUAAAAUCUCGAGGAUAUUAAAAGAGAAAAUUAAUUAUCAUUAAAAAAUAUGAAUAUAAAUUAUCAGUAAAUUUUCUAAGCGAUUCAGUAAAUUCGUCUUUGUAAUGUCGAAAAUAUAUUUUUAAAUUAUCUGAUCUUUAAACUGUUUUAUAAUUUCUUAAUUAUCAUAGAAGACAUUUAAAUUUCGAUUGCAAUCCACGCACUGUAAAAAUUUUCGGAGUAAAUGCGGACCGGAUGACUUUAUUUAAUUUCAUUUACUUGGAGUAAAAUUAACUGCGGGAAGUUUAUUUGAAUAUUAAAACGGUUCGGAGUAAAUUUCAAUUAAAAUAAAAGCGGGAAAAAUAAACUCUGGAUCUCUGUGCCAGAGUGAAUUUGAAUUUAAAUGAAAUUCCGAUUUUUCAGUCUAAAUAUUUAUGACGAAGUUAGCAAACAGAAAUUUUCGGAUUUUUUUUAAAUAAAUCAAUUCCAAAAAAAAAAAUAAAUAAAAAUGCACAUGUAGAAAAUUAAAAAAACUCAAAGUGCAUUUUUUAAAAAAAUUUAUUGCGAUGAAAAAAAUAUCAAACUAAUUAAAUAUCGGCUAAUUUCAGUAUCAUAGAUAUUACGAUAGUAAAGUUAGCAGACAUUUGAAAUUAAAAAAAUUUUUUUAACAGAUAAAUGAUGAAAAAAAAAAUGUUUAAAAAAAAAUGCACAUGUCAGAAAUUUCAUAAACUAUACGUGCAAUUUUUCAAAAUAUAUUUUUUAAUAUUUAUUUUUUUGUUAAAAAAAAUCCAAAAAUUUUUAAAUGUCUGCUUUAUUGUCAUUAAAUAUUUCAUGAUCCUGAAGUUAGCAGACAUUUAAAAAUUUUUGAAUUUUUGUUUUUCAAUAAAUCAAUUGCAAAAAAAAAAAAAAAAAUAUGCACAUGUAGAAAAUUUAAAAAACUACAGGUGCAAUUUUUUCAAAUAUUUUUUUUUAUGGUUUAUCGUCUAAAAAAAAAAUAAAAAAAUUAUUAGACGUCUGCUAACUUCAGUAUCAAAAAAAUUUCACGAGUGUAACAAAGUAGACAUCAGACAAAUGGAAAAUUAUAAAUAAAUAGAGUAAAUAAUUAAUAAAAUGAAACUUAAAAAAAAAAAUGCUCAUUCAAAAAAUUUUGAAAUCAAUAAGUGCAUUUUUCAUAAAUAAUUUUUUUCCAUUAUUUACUCUAUUUAUUUAUAAUUUUAAAUUCACCUGAUAUCUGCUGCAUUCUCACUCAUAAAAUUUCCUGGACCCAAUCGAAUUUUUAUCCCGAUAAAUUUAAAAGUCAUGAUUUAAAUCCGACAUUUUUUUUGUUUUAAUUUAAAAAAAAAAAAGUUUUUAAAAUAUAAUUACUUAGUUCUCGGGUAUCGUUGUGUGAAUGACUAAAAAUUAUAAAACGUAUACUCUUAAUUAAUAGAUAUUCUGUAGUAAUUAGUGGUUGAAAAAUAAUUAACGAAUGCUUAAAUGACUAGAUCGAAAAAAAUCUAUAUAUUGAUACGAAGGCUCUUUAGUAUUUAAAAUAAAGAGCCAAAAAAUUUAUAAAAAUUUUCCAUUUACAAUUGACUAAUUAAUUAAUUACUUAAUUAACUAAUUGAUUAAUUAAUUAGUCGAAUAAACACAAAGAAACAUAAAUGACCGUACAAUCUUUUGUACCUUUGUACAAGCAGUCUGGAUGUCACGAUUGUAGUUAAUUUUGACGGUGCCAUUAAAUUCAUACAUUUACUAUUUUAAAAAAUAUAUAUAUAUUAUAAAAAUUAAUAUAAAAAAUCCAAAAAAAUAUAUGAGUAAUUAACAGUAGAAAAUUAUUGAAGUAGAGUAGAAAAUUAUAUUUAUUAGAGUAGUUCCUGUAUUGUCACAACGAUUUACCGUAGAAACAAUUAAAUUUAUGUAAUUAUUGAUAAAUGUAUUGAUGAAUAUUUAAAUUAUUAUUGAAAAA